CGGGGGCGGGGCCAAGGUGGCAGAGCGGUCACGUGAGCGGCGCGAGGCCGGCGGCGGCUUCCGGUGGGAGCCGGGACCGAACUGGGACCGAACUGGGACCGGACUGGGUGUCCCCGGUGUGUCCCCUGUCCCGGUGUGACCCCGGUGUCCCGGUGCUGUCCCUGGUGUCCCCGCUGUCCCAGCCAUGCCGCUGCCCGUGGCUCUCCAGUCCCGCCUGGCCAAGCGGGGGCUGCUCAAGCACGUGGAGCCCGAGCCCGAGGAGGAGAUCAUCGCUGAGGAUUACGACGACGCCCACGUGGAUUACGAGGCCUCGCGGCUCGAGGGGCUGAUGCCGCCCUGGUACAAAGUCAUCGACCCCACCUGCGGGCUGCCCUACUACUGGAACGUGGACACGGACCUGGUGUCGUGGCUGUCCCCGAGCGACCCCAACUCCGUCAUCACCAAACCCGCCCGGAGAGCGCGGGGGGCGGCAGAGGCCGAGGAGCCCCCCGAGAAGGAGGAGGCGCCGCGGGAGCGCCGCGGGCACCGGCGCGAGGAGCUGGCCCCCUACCCCAAGGGCAAGAAAGGCGGCCGCAAGGACGAGGAGCUGGACCCGAUGGACCCCAGCGCCUACUCGGACGCGCCGCGCGGGACCUGGUCCACGGGGCUGCCCAAGCGCAACGAGGCCAAGACGGGCGCGGACACGACGGCGGCCGGGCCCCUGUUCCAGCAGCGGCCGUACCCCAGCCCCGGCGCCGUGCUGCGCGCCAACGCCGAGGCCUCGCGCGGCAAGGACUGAGCGGCGCCCCGGGAGCGGGACACCCCGAAACCGGGACACCCCCAGAAUGGGGCACCCCGGGAACGGGACACCCCCAAACCCCCACCAUCCCACCCAGGAACCACGAAACCGGGACACCCCCAGAAUGGGGCACCCCGAAACCGGGACACCCCCAAACCCCCACCAUCCAUCCCACCCAGAAGCCCCGAAACCGGGACACCCCCAAAAUGGGGCACCCCCAAAAUGGGGCACCCCGGGAACGGGACACCCCCAAACCACCACCAUCCCACCCAGGAACCCCGAAACUGGGGCACCCCAAAAUGGGGCACCCCGGGAACGGGACACCCCCAAAAUGGGACGCCCCCAAAAUGGGGCACCCCGAAACCGGGACACCCCGGGAACGGGACACCCCCAAAAUGGGGCACCCCGGGAACGGGACUCCCCCAAACCCCCACCAUCCAUCCCACCCAGGAGCCCCGAAACCAGGGCACCCCAAAACCAGGACACCCCCAAACCCCCACCAUCCGUCCCACCCAGGAACCCCGAAACUGGGGCACCACAAAAUGGGGCACCCCGAAACCGGGACACCCCCAAAAUGGGACACCCCCAAACCCCCACCAUCCAUCCCAGGAACCCAGAAACCGGGACAUCCCCAAAAUGGGGCACCCCAAAACCGGGACACCCCCAAACCCCCACCAUCCAUCCCACCCAGGAGCCCCGAAACCGGGACACCCCCAAAAUGGGGCACCCCGGGAACGGGACACCCCCAAAAUGGGACACCCCGGGAACGGGACACCCCCAAACCCCCGCCAUCCAUCCCACCCAGAAGCCCCGAAACCGGGACACCCCCAAAAUGGGGCACCCCGAAACCCCCACCAUCCCACCCAGGAACCCCGAAACUGGGGCACCCCCAAACCCCCACCAUCCGUCCCACCCAGGAACCCCGAAACUGGGACACCCCCAAAAUGGGGCACCCCGAAAUUGGGGGCACCCCCAAACCCCCACCAUCCAUCCCACCCAGGAGCCCCGAAACCGGGACACCCCCAAAAUGGGGCACCCCGGGAACGGGACACCCCGGGAACGGGACACCCCCAAAAUGGGGCACCCCGGGAACGGGACACCCCCAAAAUGGGACACCCCCAGAAUGGGGCACCCCGGGAACGGGACACCCCCAGAAUGGGGCACCCCGAAACCGGGACACACCCCAAACCCCCACCAUCCAUCCCACCCAGGAACCCCGAAACUGGGACACCCCCAAUAUGGGGCACCCCGAAAUUGGGGGCACCCCCAAACCCCCACCAUCCCACCCAGGAACCCCGAAACCGGGACACCCCCAAAAUGGGACACCCCCAAAAUGGGGCACCCCGAAACCAGGACACCCCCAAACCCCCGCCAUCCAUCCCACCAAGGAACCCCGAAACCGGGACACCCCCAAAAUGGGGCACCCCGAAACUGGGGGCACCCCGAAACCCCCACCAUCCAUCCCACCCAGGAACCCCCAAAGCUCCGGGGACCCCGAAACCAGGGACACCCCCAAAAAUGGGGCACCCCGAAAUUGGGGACACCCCAGAACCCCCACCAGCCCCUGCAGGGACCCCCAAAGCUCCGGGGACGCUCAGCCCCCAGCCCGGGUGAGCCCCUCACACCCCAGAGACCCCCAAAGUUCCCCGGGCACCCCAAGGCUGAGGGGUUCCCCCAAACCCCCCAAGGGGUCCCCCAAAUCCCCCAGAGCACCCCAAAACAUCAGGGGGUCCCCCAAAUCCUCCAGAGCACCCCCAAAACAUCAGGGGGUCCCCCAAAUCCUCCAGAGCACCCCAAAACAUCAGGGGGUCCCCCAAAUCCUCCAGAGCACCCCCAAAACCUCAGGGGGUCCCUCAGGACCCCUCAGAGCACCCGGGGUCCCCCCAAGCUCAGGAGGAUCCCCUCAAACCCCAGGGCCCCCCCAGUGCUUCGAGGGUCCCACAAACCCCCCCGGGACCCCCAAAACCCAGGGGUGCCCCACAUCCCCCGGGACCCCCCAAACCCCUCCCAGGACCUCACAGACCCCGAGGGACCCCCAAAGCUCGGAGUUCCCCCAAAGCCUCAAACCUGGGGUCCUCCCAACCCCUGGGGGUCCCCCCGAAGUUCAGGGUCCCCCCAAACCCUCAAAUCUCGGGAUUCCCUUAAACCCCCAAACCUGGGGUCUCCCCAAAGUUCAGGGUCUCCCCAAACCUCCAAACCCGGGGUUCCCCCAACCCCCGAGGGUCCCCCCAGACCCCCAAACCCCUGAAGGUCCCCCCAAAGGUCGGGGUCCCCCCAAAGUUUAGGGUCUCCCCAAACCUCCCAACCUGGGGUCCCCCACACCCCCGAGGGUCCCCCCAGAGUUCAGGGUCCCCCCCAAACCCCCGAGGGUCCCCCCACCCCUGGGGUCCCCCAGCCCCCCUUUAUUGCAAUAAAGGCGCCGCAGCCCCGGGAAUGGAACAA